CUGGUCAGCUGGGCGAGCGGUCCGGUUUCCGGGACUCAGUAUUAUCAUUAUGGCACUCGUUACGCGGCUUGGUGCCCUCUACCUCCUCCUCUACAGUCAAGAACGAGGAGGGCAGUCAUGUUGGCUGACCAGCUGCGAGAAAUCAAGCACUACCGCAAUGCAUAUCUGCUAUCUCUGUCUGCCGCGAUGGGGAGCGUCUUUUAUGGCUACGACAUAGGCAUUAUUGGAGGCGUUAUUUCCCUGCCGUCGUUCAAGAACUACUUUGGAAUCACAAAAAUGAGUGACUCCGCACAGGCCAACUUCAGCGGCAAUAUCGUCUCGGUUCUCCAGGGCGGGUGCUUCUUUGGGGCUUUGGGUGUGGGCUAUUUUUCGAACCGUUGGGGACGCAAACCAAGUCUGAUUGCUGCUGGGCUGUUUUAUAUCAUCGGAAGCGUCAUCCAGGCUGUUGUAGGCCUGGGAACUAACGAGGCGCGUGCUCUGAGUGUGUUCUAUUUUGCACGAUUUUUCGCUGGGCUUGGCGUAGGCAUUGUUAGCGCCGUUGUCCCGACUUAUGUCAGCGAAUGCACACCAAAAGCAAUUCGCGGGCGAUGCACUGGGAUGGUCCAGCUGGCCAACAACAUUGGCAUUAUGAUUUCGUAUUUUGUCAACUACAGCGCGUCGUUGCAUAUCAGCCCAACAAGCGACCGGCAAUGGCGCAUGCCACUUGCUGUCCAGGUUUUCCCCGGCAUCCUCUUUCUCCUCCUCAUUCCAUGGCAACCUGAAUCCCCUCGCUUCCUUGUUGAACACGGGCGGCUGGACCAGGCUGCGAGAAGUCUUGCUUAUGUUGCGCGCACCAAGGUCGAUGAUCAAACUGUACUUGAUACAGUGCAGGAAAUCAGGGCAGAUUUCGAAGGCAGGAAAGAACUCGGCAUCUUGCAACAAAUUCGGCACUUUGGCGACUCACGCGCAAUUGCGCUGAGGUGCUUUAUACCCUCGCUGGUCAUGUUCUUCCAACAGGCCACUGGUACAAACGCUAUCAAUUACUUCAGCCCGCAAAUAUUCGCUUCGCUAGGAAUUACUGGCACGAAAAGUGGUCUGCUUGCUACAGGUAUUUAUGGUGUCGUUAAGGUUAUUUCAGUAUCACUCGUGCUCGCCUUUGCUGUCGAGGGAAUCGGACGUAAAAGAUGUUUGAUCAUCGGCGGGUUUGGACAAGGCGCUAUGAUGCUCUGGCUUGCUGGUUAUACGGGUUUGCACCCAGCCAAGACGGUCGUCCCAUCGAGUUACGUGUCGCUCGUUGCGGUCUAUCUCUAUGCCGUGUUUUACUGCGUUGGAUGGGGACCUCUUCCUUGGGUUGUUGCUGGUGAGGUUGCGCCGAAUCAUCUGCGGACAGGAGCCAUGUCAAUUGCCAUUGGUGUCAAUUGGCUAUUCUCAUUCACGGUGUCGAAGCUGACCCCGAUAAUGCUCAACAAGAUUCAUUACGGGACCUACCUUUUGUUUGGGCUCUGCUGUCUGAUUAUGGCAACCUGGGCAUGGGUUUGCCUUCCCGAAACAGCUGGAGUGGCGCUGGAGGAUAUUGGGCUGUUGUUUGAGAAAGACGUAGUUUUACGGGCGAUCCAGGAUGGGCCGGGCGGUGCUUUCUGUCUUGGAAGCAGGCGUAGGGCGGAGACGAUAGAGAAGUUGCGGCGCGAGAGCGACAUCGAGGCUGAUGCUGACGAAAAAGCGACGACUGAAGAGAACGAGAAGAGGCACAAUGUAAUCUAA